AGCGGGUGCUGCUAGCGGAGGCGCCAUAUUGGAAGGGACAAAACUCCGGCGACAGCGAGUGACACAAAUAAACCCCUGGACCCGUUCGUCCCCGCAGCAGUCAGGGCCGCGAUGUUGUACCUAGAGGACUAUUUGGAAAUGAUUGAGCAGCUUCCGAUGGACCUGCGGGACCGCUUCACGGAGAUGCGCGAGAUGGAUCUGCAGGUGCAGAAUGCAAUGGAUCAACUAGAACAAAGAGUCAGUGAAUUCUUUAUGAAUGCAAAGAAGAAUAAACCCGAGUGGCGAGAAGAACAGAUGGCAUCCAUCAAAAAAGACUACUAUAAAGCUUUGGAAGAUGCAGAUGAGAAAGUACAGUUGGCAAACCAAAUUUAUGAUUUGGUAGAUCGCCACUUGAGAAAGCUGGAUCAGGAACUGGCUAAGUUUAAAAUGGAGCUGGAAGCCGAUAAUGCUGGAAUUACAGAAAUACUAGAGAGGCGUUCUUUGGAAUUAGAUACUCCUUCGCAGCCAGUGAACAAUCACCACGCUCAUUCACAUACUCCCGUGGAAAAAAGGAAAUAUAAUCCAACUUCUCACCAUACAGCAACAGACCAUAUCCCCGAAAAGAAAUUUAAAUCUGAAGCUCUCCUGUCCACCCUGACAUCUGAUGCUUCUAAGGAGAACACGCUGGGUUGUCGAAAUAAUAAUUCCACAGCUUCCUGCAACAAUGCUUACAAUGUGAACUCAUCCCAACCCCUGGCAUCCUAUAAUAUUGGUUCAUUAUCUUCAGGGGCUGGCGCAGGGGCCAUCACCAUGGCAGCAGCUCAGGCAGUGCAAGCAACAGCACAGAUGAAAGAAGGGCGAAGAACAUCAAGUUUAAAAGCCAGUUAUGAAGCAUUUAAGAACAAUGACUUCCAGCUGGGAAAAGAAUUUUCCAUGCCCAGAGAAACAGCUGGCUAUUCCUCCUCGUCGGCACUCAUGACAACCUUAACACAGAAUGCCAGCUCCUCAGCUGCCGACUCUCGAAGUGGCAGAAAGAGCAAAAACAACACCAAGUCUUCAAGCCAGCAGUCAUCCUCCUCUUCCUCCUCCUCGUCCUCCUCCUCCUUAUCUCUGUGUUCAUCGUCUUCAACUGUAGUACAAGAAGUUUCCCAGCAAGCAACGGUAGUGCCCGAAUCUGAUUCCAACAGUCAAGUCGAUUGGACUUAUGACCCAAAUGAACCUCGGUAUUGCAUCUGUAAUCAGGUAUCCUAUGGAGAGAUGGUGGGAUGCGAUAACCAAGAUUGUCCAAUAGAGUGGUUCCACUAUGGGUGUGUUGGCUUGACAGAAGCACCGAAGGGGAAGUGGUUCUGCCCGCAGUGCACCGCUGCCAUGAAGAGAAGAGGCAGUCGGCACAAAUAGAGAGGGGCUUCACUGCAGGAAGGGAGAGCUUCAGCUCAGCAUUUACACAGGACUCUAGAAGGAAAGACACAAGGACGAAGAAACAACUCAUUCCAGGCGACCACUUAAAGGAUUACAUAGACAAUCCUAAAAGAUCUUGAACUUGAAUUUUAUGAGUUGUAUUUUAAUAAUGUAAGUAAAUUAUUUAUGCACUCCUGGUGUGCUAUGAAUAUUAUUCCAGUUAACCUUGGAUUAUUUCUGUGGCCAACAUAUGCAGACAUUUGUACUCCUCAACCAUUUUCUCAAAGUAAUGGGCAUUCUAUAAUUUAAACUUCAAAGAAUUCCAACGAUGAAGAUUUUAAGAAAGUAUUUUAUAUUCAACAGGUAUAUUCUGCUGCAUGUACUGUACUCCAGAGCUGUUAUGUUACACUGUAUAUAAAUGGUUGCAAAAAAAAAACCAAAAAAGAAAAAACAAACAAAAAAAAGUCAGUCCUUCUAAAAAGGAUUUCGGAUAAUGGUUUUUAAGAUGCCUUUAUAAUAAGCUUUGUCUCUCUGUGAAACUCAUUCAGCAGGCUGAAGGAAUUGGUUUAUGUGAUAAAGUGGGCUGGUGUCCUCUAGAGUACCUGGGUACAUAAACAGAAACUCCUGUAGGUAAAACCUGAUUCGUGCCAUUAGUCUCUAUGUUUCUGCAUCCAGAUAGAGUGCAGCUCAAGCUCAAGCGGGUGGGGGUGGGGGCCUCUGGGGGCAAGGGCGUUAAAGUGAUACAUUUUUAUACCAAAUGUGUUUAUUUUUUUGUGCGAGUAAUCCUUAAAUUGGAAUUGUAUUAGGUGUUAAAAUAAAGUUUUUUAAAAAAA